AUGACCUGGAUGCUGAAAUCGGCAUCGGAGCAGAGCCACGCGGUGAGGCUGCGCGAACUGCUCGAUUCGGGUGAGCCGCUGAGCGUGCCGGGCGUGUUCAAUCCCAUGACGGCGAUGAUAGCGCGCAAGGUCGGGUUCGACGCGCUGUACUUCUCUGGCGCGGCGUUCUCGGCGAGCCUAGGGAUACCGGAUAUCGGCCUGUUCACGCUUGCGGAGUUGACGGAUGCGGUGCGUUGGAUGGUGCGGGCGUCAGGGCUGCCGUUCAUCGUGGAUGCGGAUACGGGAUUUGGCGAGGCUAUCAAUGUGAUUCGCACGGUGAAGGAGCUUGAGGAGGCGGGCGCUGCGGCGAUACAGAUUGAGGACCAGGUGUUGCCGAAGCGUUGCGGGCAUCUUGACGGCAAGACGGUUGUGUCCACGGAUGCGUUCGUGGAGAAGAUAGCGGCGGCGGCGCGGGCUCGCAAGGACAUGUUGAUAAUUGCGCGCACCGAUGUACGCGCCAUCGAAGGAAUGGAGGCUGCAAUCGAGCGGGGGCGGCUGUGCAAGGAGGCAGGAGCGGACAUCAUAUUCCCGGAGGCGAUGCAGUCGCUUGACGAGUUCAGGAUGUAUGCGGACGCUGUGGGCGGCGACCUGCUGGCAAACAUGACGGAGUUCGGCAAGUCGCCUUACCUGAGCGUGGACGAGUUCGCGGCGUUAGGAUACAACAUCGUGAUAUUCCCGGUUUCUACGCUGCGGGCGGCGGCGAAAACGACAGAGGAUCUGCUGACUGACCUGAAGCGGACUGGAACUCAGGUGGAGUGGCUGCCGAAAAUGCAGACUCGGGCUGAGCUGUAUGAGCUGAUACAGUAUGACGCUUAUGCGGAGGUGGAUAGCGCGCUGGCGCUGGGCAGCAAUAGGGCCUACAUGGAACGAUUAGAGGGAUAG